GCCAUCCAGAGCCUGUCGGAGUUGGAGAGGGCCAGGCUGCAGGAAGUAGCCUACACCCGUUUACACCAGGACUAUGACCUGGGGUGUCAGAUUACCAUGCCAAAAGUGCCCGGGGGGGGGGUCAUGUUUCUAGGGCGUCUUCGAAGAAGGAGAAGCAGAUUGAUGGAAAACCCAAAAAACGAGGGACAAAGACGGAUGGCACAAUGGCGCACCGGCGCGGCAAAAGAAGCAGAUCGGUUCGGUUGCGCAACCGGUGUGGGAGUUAGACUGGGAAGGUUUGGAGGUUCGGGGGAUUUCCGUACGGCUUUGGGAGCCAUCUGUCAAAAAAUCCAAACCAUUUCCUAUCUCUGCUUCUCCCGUCUCUCUCGCGAGCUGCCUUCCCUCUCCAUCACAACAUCUGCUUUCUUUCUCGCCACCCCCUCUUCCUCACCGAUUCCCACCCAGCCCUCCCUCAUACACCCUACGAUUUCUCCCCCGCGUCCCUCCGACUCCGGGCUGAGAGUCUUAAAAAAAGGCACGCACGUUUCUCGUACAUCACCGCGGCGGCAAUACAUUGAUAAUCAAAAAGAACUGCGGCCUUGCCUGAACUUGUCCAGAUUCGUCAGAGCCGGUCGGGGACCACGUGGGGGAACCGAAGCCGCUGACGUAACUGGGGGCGACCGCCGCGGCGUGUUGUUUGGGGCCGGAUGAAAUUUCCUGAACGCCUCAAGUGACUCAUUUCAUGCAGCUGAAAAGGAACAUCUGGGGGUUCAAACCGAGGUUGAUAAACCAGGAGACCAAAGCGAGGGCUCUCCCGACGGGUCCGCGAUGAAAGAGUUGGUUUGAGACGGCAACAAAAACAACCACCACAACAACAACAACAACAACAACAACAGAGGGAGCAAAGGACGGCAUGAAAAAAAAAGCUGCUGAGGUUUCACCGACUGACAUCCUGGCCCGGGACGAGCACUCGGAGACUUUAGAGUCGCAUGUGCCACGGUUUCCAGAGUUUCCCUGGGCCAUCAAUCAGCGAGUUCAGGAGCCAUUCAUCAUGUCGACGGCUGACAAAUGGCUUCCCUCCUUUCAGAGCACGGAUAUGGACAGAAGAGGAAAAAGUCGCUGAGGAGGAAGUUGGACUCGCUGGCAAAAGAGAAGAGCAAAGACAAAGAAUGCAUAUCUCAAGCCUUCAGCAUAGUGCUCUCUCAGGUCAUCGCUAAUGACAGAACACACAGGCAGCGUCAGGACGGCCAUCGCCAGGACCCGCCACAGCGCGAGGAGCACAAGGACUCCUCCGACCUCGUCUCGUCCAUUCUACAGUUUGCCACCAAGCGGCCAUCCAAUAAGGAGUUAUCCAGCAGCAACUCCUCUUUGAGUUCCACAUCGGAGACAGCCAAUGAGUCGACGUCGCCCAACACGCCCGAGGCGGCACCCCGAGCACGCAGGAGGGGAGGCAUGUCGGUGGACUCGAUCACGGACCUGGACGACAACCAGUCCCGCCUGCUCGAGGCCCUGCAGCUCUCUCUGCCGCUCGACACGCCGAAUAAAAAGGAGAAGCACCGGGACAAAAGGCUGAGCCUCAACCCCAUCUACCGCCAGGUGCCCCGGGUGGUCGACAGCUGCUGUCAGCACAUCGAGAAAUACGGUUUGCAGACUGUGGGGAUCUUUAGAGUGGGAAGCUCCAAGAAGAGGGUCCGACAGCUGCGCGAGGAGUUCGACCGCGGCGUCGACGUCCAGCUGGACGAGGAGUACAGCGUUCACGACGUGGCCGCUCUGCUGAAGGAGUUCCUCAGGGACAUGCCCGACCCGCUGCUCACCAAGGAGCUCUACACGGCCUUCAUCAACACCACAUUGUUGGAUCCAGAUGAGCAGCAGCAUGUCACUCAGCUACUGGUCGACCUGCUCCCAGCAUGCAACAGUGAUACUCUCCACCGCCUCCUGGAGUUUCUGUCCACCGUUGCUGACCACGCCCACGACCGGCAGGACAAACACAGACAAGAGAUCACGGGGAACAAGAUGACCUCUCUGAACCUGGCCACCAUCUUCGGGCCCAACCUGCUCCACAAGCAGAAGAGCUCGGACAAGGAGUUCAGCGUCCAGAGCUCGGCCAGGGCCGAGGAGAGCACGGCCGUCAUCGCCGUGCUGCAGAGGAUGAUCGCCAGCUACCAAACCCUCUUCAUGGUGCCUCCUGACCUGCAGAACGAGGUUUUGAUGAAUCUGUUGGAGACGGAUCCAGAUGUGGUCGACUACCUCCUCAGAAGAAAAGCCUCACAGAGUCCCGACCUGUUGCAGCCGGAGGAGCCCUUCUCCCCGAGCGAGCGCCGUUCCUCCAGCGACUCCAACAAGGUGUCCAGCGGCGAGGUGUCCCCUUACGACAACAACUCCCCGGUCCUGAGUGAGCGGCGAGGGGAACCGGGAAGCCCCGGCAGCGGGCCGCUCUUCUGCGUGCCCGAACAGUUCACUCUGGCGGGGCAGGUGGCCGGCUGGGGCGGAGAGCCCGGGGGUGACGCCUGGGGCAGCAAAGACGCUAUUUCAGAGGAGCACGCCAACAUUUGGGGGACGUGGCACACCACGCUGAAACCAACCCUCAAGGACUACGCACACACAGGUUCCCAUGGCAACAUGUCAGAGGGAAGCUCCCGCAGCUCACAGGAAGGCCUCGACGGGCUCCAUGGCGACGGCAGGCAGCAAGCGAUGCUGAAACGGACUCAGACGCCGCCUGCCACCGGCGAGUGCAGGCCCCACCAGCCGGUCGCCAGGGUGUGCGCCGGCCCCCACGUGGAGCCGGGGCCGCCGCGCCUGCAGCUCAACAGCACGCGGGGGCUCCAUCGAGCGAGCGGACACGCACCGAACCCGACCUCCAGACCUCAAGGCGGGCCGAGCGCUGGCGACGGUGGCCCCGCGGCGCUCAACGACAGCCGCUGCCCGCCCCCUUACGGCGCCCACCAUCGGCUGGCGAGUUCGCACAGUUCACCUCAGCUCGCGGCGGCGGCGGCCCCGCCGCCCACUCCGGAGCACGGGAGGCUGAGUAACUCGGCCUCGACGACAGAGAGCCACAUGGUGGCGCAGAGCCCGGAGUGGCGGGACUGGCAGAGGGACCGGUGGCAGAUCUGGCAGCUGCUGUCCUCGGACAACGCUGACGCACUGCCUGAGACGCUGGUGUGAUCUCAGACCACGGACUUAAUCUCCGUGGUGGAGAUUCUGAUGGCAUGAUCAAACACCCUACAAUGACAAUCACCCCCCCCCCCCCCCCCCCGGACUUCAUUGCAUAUUUUCUCUCAGCCCGCCUAUCAUCCAUCCACGGAUUUCCUCCUUUCCAUGAACCCUCCGUGCUUCGCCUGCAACCCAGGCGCCGCGGCGUUGUUGUUUACGUGUGCAGCUGCUGCCUUUACACAGACUUUGUACAUCCAAGAGCCACUAGUAUUUCCUGUUUAAAAUGGAUGUUGCUUCUGUAUUUUGUUUUUGCCCAUUAUGUUUUUGAUUUGAUGCCCACCAGAAAUACCUCAAAAAAAAUCCUCCUCCCAACUCCUCAGUGUUACCACGCCACGCGCCUUGCUUUCCAUUCACAGUGACUUCAGUCUUCAUAUCUCAAUGGAGAACAAUAGAAAACCAUAUGUUUCUUUAGUUCGUUAUACUUUCAAGUCAUAACUUUUCACACUACAUGGACCCAUUAGUAAUUGCUGCUAAGUGUAGAAUGUCUGUGUUCGUACCGGUAUUGCAGUUCAGCCACUCCUGUCUAACAAGAUCAAAUGUUGGAUUACUUUACCGUCAGAUUACGUAUUAUGUAUAUAAACCAAUUUAACGAUAUAUAUGUAAAUUGACGUGUCCAAAUAUAUAAAUUGCCAAUCUGCUAAAAAGUAAGCCAGCCCUUUAACUGCCAGUCAAAAUGUUCGUGUUUUGUCAGACUGCUGUAUUGUCUUUAAAUAUCGAAUGUAGAAUAUUUCACGUAUGGCAACUAUGCUUAGACCUAAUUAUAAAGCACUUGGCUGUCAGUUUGCUAAAUAUGUGCUCUUGCCACCUGCUGCACGGCAGGAACAAUGUGCCAAAGUCUCUUGUGCGAUUGCAGGCGUUUGUAUGGAAUUUCCGCAUUUUUUAAUAUAUAUAUAUAUAUAUAUCUUCAACAAAGAUGAAGCCCAAAUAGCCAACGUAAUAAAUAUCGAAAUAUGUGUUAAACGUCAGCAUGUGCAAAGAAAUACUACAGUAAAGUGUACAAAUAAGAACCAGUGUUAGGGUUGGAUGUAUGCCAAAUAGUACUUCUAAAAUUAAAAAAAACCUGGCCUUUAAAAAUCCUUUCUGAAAGGCCAGAGGUGAAGAAUUCAGAGAAUCUGGUCCACGAGUCUAAAUGUACCUACUAUCAAAUUUAUCGAAUGUUUUUUCACGUCGCAAAGUUUUCAUAUGUAGCAAAACUCCGUCCAUUUGGAGACUGAAUGCGUCAUUACAUCUGGUUAGAUCAUAACAAAAGUAUGAACUACAGUCUGGAACUACAUUUCCCAAGUUCAGUGUAAACUAAAAGUAUGCUUUUGUUCUCAGCUCUACAAUAAGCGACCCGAUACAGCGGCAUGAUAAGCACUACAUUCACACGAGUGACUCUCUGGCUGACUCGUGUUAUUACUCAUAUUACACCUCUCAUUCUCCACCGGAUGUCCCGCCUGAGCAAAAAAAAAGAAGCUUUCAGGCUAUUUCUUAGGAAUCAAACUCAAAAAGAUGAAAUGAUGCUGCAGUGGUGCAACUGUGGUGCUCAUAAAUAAAAUAAAAGAAGGUUUGCUCACAUUUCUUAAUCAUUUCCAGUUACAGUAUCGUUGCUAAAUCAGAUAGGGGGGGGGGGGGAAAUAAAAGAAAUAAACUUGAACUUUUAAAAAAAAAAAAUUAUUACAACCCACCAGUCCAAACCCUCUCAAAUGUCAGUCGUGUGGGUAUUUGCUGGCAAAUAUUUCACACGUUCUCAAUGUUAUGGUGUAAUAUUCGAAGCCACGUCAGCAUUAUGUCGAUUUUUCGACGUCCUCUUUGUCUUUUGUGACACCGGCGGCGUGAGACUGUCAGUGGAAGAGAAGAUGGUGGGAAGGCUGGCGCGCGCCAUCUAUUUGUCAGACCGUGUGCAUGUUGCUGCUUCCCACGCUUCGCCGUCCGAGCCCGGGUUAAGAAACAAUUAGCCCGAGAUUAUAUGCACCUUUCUUGUUUUUCGUGAAAAUCUGUAAACCCUCGUGGAGGAAAUAAAAAAAAAAAAAAACGUGCUCCAGGUCUUGCUCUUAAAAAGUGGUUUUCUCCAAUGCGUUGCUCAAGGUUCAUAUUUCGUGAAUUUCUUCUUCUUUAUUCUUUUUUUUUUAUGUUGAGUGUUGUACUAUAUUAAAUGCAGUAUAACAAUUUGUAUUCAAGGAGUGGAAAAAAGGAAAAAAAAAGAGAAUAUACCGAAUGGUCCUAGCUUCGUCUCCCCAAAACCAAGACAACGUGUGUCUUGAUGACCUCACUAUGAAACUAAGAGAAACUUAGUCGAAUGGUGUUCUAUUGUGGAUAUUUUUUUCGGUGGGAUUUACUGGGUCCAAGUUGUAAUGGAAUGUCUGGUAAUUGCUUUUGUACCGCGUGUCAUCUUCAAUAUGCUAAAAUGGAAUUAAAUAUGAUACAGUUUA